UUCGCCGUGUUGAAAUCGAAUACUUUAAAAAUACACCCUUCCUUCUUUCCUUGGCGCGAUCAAACGAUUUCCACUCAAAGUAGUGUUUGUAUCUCUCCGGGGCUGCAGUUGGAUACUGUAGUCAUUGUACAGUGUUUGUAAUAUGGCAAGCCAACCACUGAAAGAAAACCGGAUCUAAAACUAAAAUGUUUCUUCAUAUUUUGAUGAAUGCGCAGCUGUGUGGUUUUGCUUUGUCCAGCCACAGGCAGGCAGCAACUCAAAUUUAAUCACAAGACAGCCUUUGUGUAUUUUGCUCUUUCCUCCUGAGUCCUGCACAAGUCACGAGUUCCUGACGAAGGGAGUAACAAACCGAAGAUAGACUAAAUCAAACUAACCUUUACCACUGCUGUGUAACAUGGUAUAUAGGUGAACGUGUUUCUUCUGAAUAUUAAGUCGUGAAAAUGCUUUCAUUUGAGGAAAUAAAAUCUUCUUUAGAUCAUGCAGGACAGUCUCACGUCCUGCAAUUUUGGUCUGAACUUUCUGGGGAUGACAAAAGCACUUUUCUGGUUGAGUUGUCUCAGUUGGACUUAAAUGAAUUGCGCGAGCACUGUGAACGGGCGGCGGAGUCUGCUAAAACUGAUCAUUCCGCAACAGCCGCGGACCAGCAAAUUGAGCCAGUAUCUUCAGAAUUCAUCGGGAGCAUUCGGAAGAGUGAUCACACAGCCUUAUCUGGCUGGGAAAAUGAAGGGUUUUUGCAAAUUUCCCAGAACAGAGUGGCUGUGCUGCUGUUGGCUGGUGGCCAGGGGACCCGUCUUGGGGUUCCAUACCCCAAAGGGAUGUACAAUGUGGGUCUCCCGAGCAGCAAAACUCUGUAUCAAAUCCAGGCAGAGCGCAUCUGCAAAAUACAGGAGCUGACGAAUGCAAAGCAUGGAUCAAAGUGCACAGUACCAUGGUACAUCAUGACCAGUGAGUUUACCCUGGAUCCUACCAAGAAGUUCUUCCAGGAGAAUAAGUACUUUGGUCUGGAUCCCUCUGACGUGGUCAUGUUCGAGCAAAGGAUGAUCCCUGCUGUGACCUUUGAUGGAAAGGUCAUCCUACAGGACAAAGGGAAGAUAGCUAUGGCCCCGGAUGGAAACGGUGGCCUGUACCGAGCUCUGGUGGAUAACAAGGUACUUGAGAACAUGGAAAAGAGGGGUGUGGAGUACCUCCACGUCUACUGUGUAGACAACAUCCUGGUCAAAAUGGCCGACCCCAUCUUCAUUGGUUUCUGCGUGAGCAAAGGAGCAGACUGCGGUGCCAAGGUAGUUGAGAAGGCGUACCCAGCGGAGCCAGUGGGCGUGGUGUGCAAGGUGAAGGGGGUGUACCAGGUGGUGGAGUACAGCGAGCUCCGCCCAGAGACGGCCGAGCAGCGAGACCCAGGAGGAGAGCUGGUGUACAGCGCAGGAAACAUCUGCAACCACUUCUUCACACGGCCCUUCCUCAACGAAGUGGCACAGAAGUUUCAGGGCCAGCUGAAGCAGCACGUGGCACUUAAGAAAGUCCCUUUUGUGGACAGAGAAGGAAACCUGGUGAAACCCACCAAGCCCAAUGGGAUCAAAAUGGAGAAGUUUGUUUUUGAUGUCUUUCAGUUUUCAAGGAAAUUUGUGGCAUUUGAGGUUCUGAGAGAGGAAGAAUUCUCGCCAUUGAAAAAUGCUGAUGGGGCACCUCUGGACACUCCUACCACAGCCAGACAAUCCUUACUGGCACAGCACUACCGCUGGGCGGUGGCUGCAGGAGCCAGCUUCCUGGAUGCCCAAGGGAAAUCCCUACCUCCUAGACCCAGGGUGACACGGGAUGAAGACCCACCAGCUGUCUGUGAAAUCUCCCCGCUGGUGUCUUUCUUCGGAGAGGGUUUGGAGCAGCUGCUGGGACAGAAGGUCCUGACGACUCCCUUCCUUCUGGAUGAGAACAGGGCAAAAGAACUCCUCCAGGCCCAGUAGCUAGCUCUACAGUACACUUUUCCCAUCAGAUGGGCUUACCUCUUGAGCAGUUGAGCCUGUUGAAAUGAGAUGCUCAUUCCUUGGCUGAAUUUCAAAAUGGAGCCCUUUGUUGCCCCUAAUGGCAUGUUUCUCAUAACCAGGGUUGGGUAGGUUACUUUAAGUGUAAUCCGUUAUUAGUUACCUGUCCAAAAUUGUAAUCAUUGACAACUUUUGGAUUACCCUAAAUCAGUACUGUAAUCUGAUUACUUUGUUACUUUUAGAUUACUUUCCCCUUAAGAGACAUUAUAAGAAGACACAAAGGAUACAUCAAAUGCAUUUGGUGUGCCGCUAUAGUGGUCUCUGACUUGUGGUCAGACUCGCUCAGGUGGAACAAACUUUAAUUUGCGCCUUUUUCAAUGCUUAAUUGAAUGUAAUUGAGAAACCGAAAGGUGUCAAUGUAUCCUUUCUGAAUUUAAAAGUAAUCAAAGAAGUAAUCAUCUAGUUUUUCAAAAGUAUCUGUAAUCUGAUAACAAUGUUUUAGCUGGUAAUGUAACUGAUUAGUUGUUUUUUUGGUAAUCAGAUUAACUGAUUACAUGUAUCAGUUACUCCACAACCAUGCUCAUAACUAUCUGGUACUUUCAGAUUUCCAUGAAGUGUUGAGGAAAGGGGACUAAGGGUCUGUUUGGAAUUCAGCACCAGAACACAAAGAUGCAUUGGCAAUUACAAGGGAAUUUUUGUAUCCACAUUUUUUUCAUCCUAACAUGCUCAUUACAAUGUUGUCCCAUAAUCUUCCAUGAUCUAUUGCUUAAAAGGAAACAAAUUAUUCUAGCACUUUAAGACACAUUGUGUUUAUCUUCUGAUUAUACAGAUUUCAUUUAAUUUGAUGGACUUAAUUUAAACGGGAUACACAUUUCAGUAUGCAUUUGGAAAAGUGAAAUGGUCUAAAAGUUAUUGAUAAAGCAAAACUCAAGUACUGUAAUCAUGAUACCUUAAUACCAAGGAACUAAUCUAAAACAUCUGAUUAUAUUUUUACUUUAUGAUACACUUUGAGGAAAUGAAUUGACCUUUUUUACCCAUUUUGUAUAAUGUGUCAAAUGUUAAUGAAGAAAGCAACUGUGGAAAUGAUAAAGCUUUUCUAUACCCCA